AUGACGAGGAAACUUGUUGAAAAAUCCAACCUAGAUAAUUUACUUGAAUUACGAAAUGUGUGCAUUUUUAUUCUUGCUUUUGCUGGUUUCUUCCGAAUUGAGGAGGUUCUUCAUAUUAGAUAUGGAGACAUUACUUUUCAUAGUGACUACCUAACUAUCAACGUGGUCAGAAGUAAGACAAAUCAACUUAGGAAAGGGAGCCAAGUUGUAAUUUCAGAGAGCUCCAAUAUUGCUACCUGCCCUGUAAACAAUUUCAGGCGUUAUUUAAGAGAGGUUGAAAAGUUUCCAGUUCAAGCGGACCAUUAUGUCUUUAGGGCGUCGUACAAGUUUAAAUUAGGUCACAGACUAGUAUCUGUUAACAAGCCGCUAAGUUACUCAUGUACAAGAGAUUACUUCAAAUCUAGCUUUAAGGAUAUUGUUCCAGAUAUUUCUGUAUUCAGCACACAUUCCUUAGGAGCUGGUGGUGCUUCAGCUGCAGCUAAUGCUGGUGUUCCCGACAGAGUCUUUCAGAGGCACGGGCGUUGGAGAUCUGUUUCCGCCAAAAAUGUCUAUGUUGAUGAUAGUUUGAGUUCACGUUUAUCAGUGUCAAAAAAGUUAGGUAUUUAA